CUUUGACUGUGGUAAUUCUUCCUUGUUCCCGUUUGAGGUUGUAUUACAGAGUUGGUUUCGUUUGAUUUCAAUAGCAUGCUUGUAUCAGCAGUAUAAUGGUAUUAUUUAGACUUUAAUCAAAAUGCUAAAAUAUUUCAUUGGACUAUAUUUCGUAUGUAUUUUUAUAUCAAGUAUUUCAGCUGAACAUGCUGAAAUAACAUUAGCAGAAACUGAAUCCAAAAACAGAGGUGAAAGGGAUGCACGAAAUGUAUACACAUCACAGGAGGGUGGCAACGUAAUAAUUAAAUGUGGUGUAAAUUUGUCAGAAAGACAAGUUGAUGAAGUAUAUUCCAUACAGUGGAAAAGCCAGAAAUAUACGAAUAUUAUUGAACAGUUUAAUAAAAGUCAUGCUGAUAUCAAUAAAUAUUUUACUGGUAGAGUUGAACUGGUGAAUGGUUCUUCACUUAAAAUCUCCAGAUUAUUAAGAUCAGAUGCAGCACAAUAUAUCUGUACUGUUAAGUUUAACAGAUACAAAGUUAGAUAUGGACGUUGGAUUCGCCUAGUUGUAAAUAAGAGCCCACAACCUACCAUUAAACCAGACAGUAUCAAAAGUAGAACAGGACCUUCCUUUACUGCCACUUUAGCUACUCCAGUAUCUAUAACCACUAAUACUGUGAGGGAUGUUGAUGGUGAUGAUGGUGGUAAUGGUCAUGGUUAUAAUACAGAAUCAGAUGGUUCAAGAGAGGUUAAAGUAAAUACAGAUUUAUCAGUAGAUGAAUCAAAGGGGACUUCCUCAAUUAAUAAUGUGACUGAACCUAGAACAACUGGGGUCUUAGACGUAGAGAGUCAGUCUGUGAAAGUAUUGACAGAAAUAACUACUGUGGAGUCAACAUAUGACAAGAUCCAAAAUUUGUCAAAUGAAACAUCAGUAGAUAAAAAAGUCCAAUCAGUAACCCGUGUUGGAUUCGAACAAGAUUUACCCACAAAUGAUAUAAGAUCAGAAACUUUGACAUCUGAAUUGAAGGAAAAUUUGCAUACAGGAAUGACCAUAAUAACUGAUUCUACAACUGAUCAACCUGCUAGUAAGAAAUCUCUCAUUUAUAAUGUACAAGGAUCUACUUUUAAAACAAAACUGGAUGUUGAAACCACUACUGGAACUGUACCCAAACACAUAACUACCAUAAAAGUUGACGUUUCUUCAGAUUCCGCAUCACCAGGUUAUGAUGAGAAUAAAUUCACAACAGACAGGAGUCAAAAUGAAUCUGAUGUUCCUGAGUCUAAUACUUAUAGAGUAUCCUUAUCAACAGCCCCUAUGAUGAGUCAUUCAAACACAAAGUCAUUAACAGAAGCAGUCAUUAAAACAACAAAUCAAUCUGAACAGGAACAUAAGACGCUAACUGAGACAAAGACAGAGAAAACAACUAUAUCAAGGAAUGGGACCAGUUCUCAAAGUGUUGAUUUAACCAGAACCAGAAUAUCAAUAGAAACAACACCAGAGUCGGUAAUUAUAACUGAAUCAGCUGACAAAUCAGAGACAAAUCCUUUAGGUAUGGGUGAAUUGACAACAGCUCCAUCUGUGAAGGUUUCCAUGACAACUAUUAGUGAAAAAGAUUCUUAUUUAACAUCAACAACGUUACAACAGCUGCAAACAUCUACAGAGUCAGGUUCAUAUUUCAACGUAACAAUCACAGACAGAAACCCUAAAGCCAUUAAGCUACAAGUAAUUGUCUAUUCAACAAAAGACGAAGAGUUCACAAAAGUGGAAUUCACAUUUAGAACAGAAGACCAUUCAACAACAAGAUCCUUUGAUGUCAGUGGUCAUAAGAUCAAUGAAACCUUUAGAAUCAAUAAGCUAGAGAUAGGAAUCUGUUACAAAUUUCAGAUUCAUGUUAUAACACAAAAUGGCAGAUCAAUUGGUCCAAAUGAACAAAUGGCUUGUACAACGCCAAAACGACCUGAUUCAUCCACAGAUGUUGUGAAAACUACAUCCACUUCAAUAUACCUGCUGAUUAAACACCCUAGUGAAGGACAUUUUGAUAGUUUUAGACUUGAUUACAAAAACAACACAAGACCGUUAUCAAUGAAAGUGAACAAGUCUUUGGAUGUCACACAAACAGAGACAGAAAUUUCAGGACUGGUACCAGAGAGUUGUUAUAACAUUAGUGUUUAUACUGUUUCCUUCUCAGAAAUUAGUAAAUAUCCUCGUACUUUUUCCAAUGUUUGUACUCAGACACAGUUGGAUCCCUAUUACUACACAGUCAUCUAUGGUGAAUCGUCGUUUACAAUCUCCUGGGUCAACUUUAGUGAUAAAUACAAUGUAAAUGUUUCCUGUAACUCAUGGACAAAGAUGUUUUUUUUGAAAGCGCCUUUAUUAUCUGUAAAUAAAACUGUUCCUGGAGACUGUUGUGUGUUGAAUGUUAAAAAUUGGAAUGACACAGUAUCUCGGCAGUACUUUGUUCAUGUGAACGAAACAUUACCAGAGUACCCUGUAGUAAUCAGUACUGUUACAGCAAAAACCCGUUUAAACCUGACAUGGAGAGAGCCUAUCAGAAGUAAUGGUUGGAUUUAUGAUUACACUGUACACCUGUUUGAUAGGAGUAAUGUUACUGCCAUAGACAAUUUCAACAUUUCCUGUAUACAACCUGAACCAAAAUGCAGCGGGAAUGAUUCUGAUUGGAAGUAUCAGUGCUCAAAUUUUAGCCUGGUCAAUAAUAGAAAUGCUAACGUCUACUACAAUAACUCACAGUUCUAUUUAUCAAUUGGAGGAUUAAAACCAUCGAUGGUAUAUCACUACAGUAUAACAGCUAUGAAUAAAGCUGGUUCCAACACUACAGACAGAGUACCAGUCAUCACAAAGGCAGAUAAACCAGAGUCUCCCGCUUCAUUGGAUGUCACAGUACUGAAUGUGACCACCAUGAAUAUCACAUGGUCACCACCUAAUGUAACUAACGGUGUAAUAACAAGAUACAGUGUUAGUUAUUGUAGUAAUGGCACUAGUGGGUGUAAAUAUACUGUUGUAGAUGGCAUGACUUCAGUAAUAUUAACAGAGUUAGAUUGUUGGAAAGAGUACCAUGUGUGUGUGUCAGCUCAAACAUUGGCUGGAUUUGGACCUAAAAAGUGUGGAGUAAAUAACACAAAUGUUUAUGAACCCCAGGCACAGAUAAGUAAAAUAACUGCUAGCAACACAACCAUUAGACUUGAGUUUCAAGUGCCAUGUGACAAUGUUGAAGCACCAAUCAGCUACAAUAUACCCUACACAUCUUUGGAUCAUUCUUGUACAGUGAACCAGACAAAUGUUACUGAAUGGUGGGAAUGUUUUCCAUUGCAUCCAUGUGAGAUUUCUGGACUGUUUUCCUACUGGGAUUAUUUUAUCAAAGUACAGGAAUCAGUAGAAGACAAUGUUGGUGUUUGGAGCAAAGAGCACAAAGUCACUACACUUCAUUCUGUUCCUGAAGAAGUUCAAAAUGUAAGAGUGGGGAAUAUUGAAUCAGACAGUUUGACAGUAUGCUGGGAACAGCCAUGUUUUCUCAACAGUGAUACAGUAUUUUAUAAUGUGACAUUAGAUGAAGAUACUCCAUAUGUUAACAUAUAUAGAUCUGGAGCAAUACCACUGACAGAAUGUGAGAAAAUCGCUGAUUUGUUACCAUAUACAAAUUACACUCUAUCUGUCACUGCGAGUAAUCAGUACGGGAACAGUGACCCUGUUAUUAUCAUGAAACAAACUGAUAUAGCAGUGCCAAAUCAACCCAAUUUUGGUCGUGUUUUAGAACAAACUACAAUGCUGACAGUAGAAUGGAAACCACCAUAUCCCUACCCUGGUCCUACAAACUACACAGUCAAAGUCAGGGAUAGAGAAAAAAGUGAAACCAAAGAUUGCCAAACAUCGGUAUAUCACCAGACAAGGUGUUCUGUGUAUGGUUUAGAGGAGUACUGGCAAUAUGAAGUUACUAUAAUAGCUCAUACUGAUAGAGGAAAUAAACAAUAUAAACAUCCACAUUAUAUUCGGACUAAACAGUCAGCACCAGGUCCAGUAACUCGUCUCAGAGUAAACCAUGAAAAAGAUCCAGAAAAACCACGCCAGGUCUUCAUUACAUUUGGCCCUCCUGUAUACAGGGAGAGAAAUGGUGUAAUAAAGGCUUACUAUGUCAGAUGUCAUGACACAAGAACAUACAGAGAUAUACAAGUGGUCAAACUGAAUAAAAAUCUAAAUGAACUGAAGAUUAUUGUUCCAGACCAAGUUCUUCUUAAUAUUAGUGUUUUUGCAGAAACUGUUGAGAAUGGAACAGAAGUUUACCAAACAGUUAUUGUACCAGCAGGAGCUAAAGAUUUUCCUACGACAGAAGCCCUUGCUGGUGUGUCAUUAGCUUUCAUUGUGUUUAUUAUAGCAGCCAUUGUUGUUGUUAUACUUUACAGAAGACAUAUGGUCUGCUUCAAACCUCAAUUUGAAUUAAAAGAAAAAGAAUUAGUACAAUUGAAAGUUGUAAAACAGAAUAAAAAGAUCUCUGUUGAUCAUGAGGAUACAAGAAAAAGCAGACCAGUAAAAAUAGAUAAAUUUUAUCAACAUGUUGAGAUUCUAGCUCGGGACUCCAACCAUUUCUUUUCCAAGGAAUAUAAGGAGUUGAAAGCUAUGGCGCCAAUGCUUUCCACAGAGGCAGCUGAACAGCAGGAAGCCAGAACCAAGAACCGAUAUUCUAAUAUACUGCCAUUUGAUCACAGUCGUGUAAAGUUACUUCCCCUGGAUGAUGAGGAAGGAUCAGAUUACAUAAAUGCUAACUAUAUUCCUGGUUUUAAUUCUAAGAGAGAAUACAUAGCAACACAAGGACCUCUGCCUUCGACUAAAGAUGAUUUCUGGAGGAUGAUUUGGGAGCAAAAUGUCAGUGUGAUUGUUAUGUUAACACAGUGUAUAGAGAGAGGAAAGAGAAAAUGUGAGUGUUACUGGCCAGAGUGUGUAAAAGAACCAGUUUAUUAUGGAGAUUUAAGCAUAGAAAUAGAAAAUGAAUCUCAUCUUCCAGAGUAUGUUCUCAGAACUAUCAAUGUAACAUUUGGAAAUAUCCAGAAACGCAUAAUGCAUUUCCUGUACAUAGCAUGGCCUGAUAUGGGCGUUCCUUCCUCUACAGACAACAUGAUAUCAUUGGUCAAAACUGUUAGAUCACAUGUCAAUCCAACAAUGAAAGGGCCAAUAACAGUCCACUGCAGUGCUGGUGUUGGGAGGACAGGAACAUUUAUAAAUGUAGAUAUACUACUGCAUCAGUUAGACAAUGAUUAUAACCAGAUUGAUGUCUUUGGAGAUGUUCUGAAACUGAGGAAUCAUCGUUGUAACAUGGUACAAACAGAGGACCAGUACGUAUUUAUCCACCAUUGUAUCAGUGAUUACAUUCUGGCCAUGUCAGAAGACACAGAUGAGGAAGAGGUAGUCGAUGGAGGUGAUGAACCAAUGUAUCAGAAUGUUCCAUCAAAAAGAUAACUUACCUGUGAAGGUGUUUAUGCUCAAAAUUUAUGUCAUUAUAUUAUAUAUUUUUUAUUGUCUUGAAUUGUAUUGAUCUUCAUCAGUUAUAUAAUUAUUUCAUCUCUUUAUCUAGUCAUGAAAGCAGUUUGAUUUUGUUUGUUUGUUAGUUAAUUGAUUUUUAUUGUGUUUACAUCUUGUAAUUUGUCAAUGGAUUACAAUUUGAUAUUGUUUUUUAUUUUCUUUGUUAAUUAUUAAAAUGCAUGCAUCAUAUUUAUAAUUUGAUCUCACAGACAGGGAAACUGUGAUACAGUACAAAAAAGUCAUUGUCCCUCUUACUAACACUAUUAUUGUUGUUUUGUUUUUCAUUGAAUUUGAAACUAAAACUAAGUGAAUCAGGCAAUGUCUUUUAUACAAUGUAAUACCAAAACACUGUAUUCACCCGUUGAAUCAGAAACAAUAGUUAUAUUAUUUAAGUAUGGUGCCUGGUAACUUGAAAACUUAUACCAUAAAAAGUGAGAGAAAAAUUUGGUAUUUAGUGAGUUGUUGUCUUUGUUUACAGUGCAAUCUGUAAUCUAAAGUCAUUGCUUUGUAAAUUAUAUUUAUAUAACAAAAUGUACAGUGAAUGCCUUAUUUUUUUAUGAUACCAAAUUUGUGUAAGUAAGGGGGACACAACGACUUCAAUUACUUUUUCAAAAAACAAAUUUUAGUGACUUUGAUUGCAGCAAAUGAGUAACAAGGAAAUAAGGAACCCUGGAAAUUGUUUUCUAAAAACAAGAAAUUGAUACCAAUGAAAAUAAAUGAAUCCACAGAUGAUUAAAUUAUGUGUUUUCAAACAUUUUUUUUUAUUAAUUGCUUUGUUUAAACUGUGAUUUUUAUUGUAUUAUUGUAUGAUGUAUUAAGGAUGUUUGCUCCUCUUGUUUUUUUAUUUUUAUCAGAUAUUCGGAAUCCUCUGGUUUAUCCAUGUAGUGCCAUUAAAAAAAAAUUGCCCUCUAACCUCUACUUUUCUUUUUGUAAUUUUAUUGUAUAUAGUUUAAAAAGUCAUAUUUGAAAUCUUAUAAAAAGCUUGUUAUUUUUUCAUAGUUUUUGAAAGGAAAAGGUGACAAUGCAAAAUAUAUGAUAACUCUAGAAAGAAUAAUUUCCUCCCAAAUUUUCAGUGGCUUAUAUCUCGAAAACAAGGACAUGGACCUUUCAUUUUUUUCUGCUAUUUUGCUUCUACCAUUAGAAUACUUUCAAUUUAUAACAGUCUUCUAAAAAGCUUGUUAUUUGGAAACAGAGUAGGGAACAUCCUUAAGACUACAGGAUAUUAAAUGUACAGCUGUAUUGUGAAUGUAUAAUGGAAACCUCACACAACCUAUUUCUAUGAAAAGUUACAGAAUGUUUAUGUAAGUAAGGAAGGUAUAAUUUAGACUUAUUACAGUGACCUAUAGAAUUUUUCAUAUAUGUACAUGUAUAUAUAUAUAUAUAUAAAUAAAGAAACUUAAUUUAUA